GUCCCUGUGUGGUCAAUAAUAUUAAUUAGUGCAAGUAAACUAAUCGAAGCGUCAAUUGCACACCGCAAUUACACUGGCAGGUAAUUGCAUGGAACUUUUCAACAGUACAAUGACAUCUGCGAGCAACGAAUUUGAUGUUGUAACCAAGUCAGAAAUAAAUUCAUUAGGUGCGACUUGCUUAAUGACAACUAGGUUAAUGACCAGUCUGUACAAAUAACGAUGACGAACAAAGUAACUUUUGACAAUUGUCAUUAUAGUCGUUGAAAGGUAAUGACGCCGUGUCGAUUCCUCGUAUUUUGCGAUCAGUGUCUAAGGAGUCAUCGUACCCAGUGUAAACCCCAGAAGAGAGUAUUCGCGCGACAUUAAAUCACAGCGAAGGUGAUAGUCGUUCUCGCGUGCAAGCACUAUCUAAUCAAAAGGGCUACGGAGAUUUAUACAGGAAAACGCGUCGAGCGGCGAACAAGAUGUUCUGCACGUGUGCCCACGCUGUUCAAGGCCGUCGUCGUCGGGCCUCCCCUCUACUCCGCCUCGCCCUUAUCAUCACUCUCGACUCUCUGCGUCAGUCGCUCGAUCCCCCGGCAUCUCUCUUUGCUUGUUUCUCACUCUCUCACCAGUCUCUGUCUUUCCCUCGCUCUUGCUCUAUCUCACUCUCACUCUUUCGCGUGGCUCGACUCUCUUGAAAAUCCCGCGAUCCAAACCCCUUGCUCGUCAGUCGAACUUUCCCUACCCGGAACUACCCCUGGGGCAAUCGUUUAUGACCCAGCUGCCUCCCCUAUUGGUUAUUACGGCAGCCAGUACGUCGAACACCCGGGGAUCUCUACCUUCAGUCUUUCUUUACAUCUUCCAUUCUCUCUAUCGCUCUCGUGCCUUUUUAGUAUUCAUAUACUUUUUCUCUGUCGAAGUUUCAACGAAUUCUCAUAGAUGGCUCUAUGCUUUUGGGUUUCUACUCGUUUACGUAUGCAAAGUGAUUGGAUUUGAUCCUCAUCGAUUGCCUUUGCGAACUUUAGUAACCAUCCUUAUUUCCCAGCUACAAAGAAAUAUGGCACCGACCAUCUGCUUGGCAGAAAUACCUAUGCCGAAAAUCGCCUCGAAUCCUUAUGCUCAUCGGCGUCAAAAGAUUCAUAACAGCGGUGUCAUAAAGCAACAGAAACUUGAAAUCGUACAGAUGCUCAACGUCGCCACUGAUGACUUGUCCCUUUCAUCCUCAGAAAGUUCUCUUUGGAAAGCUGGUUGUCCUACCAAUUCGUGUGUACCUGCUAUUGGUUCCUCGUCCAACACUGCCGCUAAAGUUCCUGUCGAUCUUCACGAACAUUGGAGAAACAUCCUGAUACGUCGAGAAGGUCUACUUAAUAUUGUUUCAAGAACAAUGGCUCUUGUACGACGCAAUCAUAUCCUUCAAAAAAGGAUAAACGCUCUGCGGAUGGAAACACGUGAUUUUAUUCGUUCCGUAUUGGGAAAUCCGAAGAACAAAAGUGUACAGGAAGAUGAUUCGACCACAAGAAUCAAGAAAGAAAUGGAUCUAGAUUGUGAGAAGGAAGUGACUCAGAUGAAGGAUUCUAUUGUUUCUUCGUCCAGUGAAGACACGUGCGAAACUUUCUGCUUCUCUCCAUCUAGUCCGGAUUCGACCAGCUCCUUAGAAAAUUGUGUUACAUCCGGCAGUUGUGUUUCUAUGGACGUCGACAGUGAUUCCUUAGACGAUCCAGAUGCGAUUGAUGAUUCAGUUCUGUAGAGUCAAUAGUCAUUAGAAAUUAUUGUCUGUUGAUUUUACUAUUUUGUAUGCCGAACUGCAGUCUUCACGAACAACUCGCGAUAUGAAGUCCAGUAAAAUUGAGAAUGAAGAAGAAUGUAGCUGAAAUUUAUGCGGUAUCCACAUCAGGAGAAGAUAUUGGACCCAGUUUUUUUCAUUUUUAAACUUGAAUUUGACUACCGUAUUAAUUCACUCCAGUCGUAGAAAUAAAAAAGAAGAAAGACAGUUCUAAAUAAUGCAGGGUUAAAUUUAUAUCCUGAUUAGGUAUAAAUUCCCUUCAUCUUGAGACAUGUCUUAAUAUAAUAGAGUUGCGUAAGAGAAAUGACAGUCUAUAUACGCACGCUUUUAUAUUUCAUUCUGAGUGUAUAGCUUCGUGUUUUGGCGUACCGAAUUAUUCGGAAGAACUUUUUCAAAUUCAUUAGUUUUUUGUUCAAAACGUGGGAAAGUCGAGGAUCAACAUAACGUAUAGUUCAAUAAUAGCAUAUAGUUGAUACUAUGCGUAGUGGUUAUGUAAGAGUGAUUCAGUUUAUUAUUAUUAAAUACAUCGUAUAUACCCAACGCAUUAACUGUGAAAAAAUCUUGAAUGACUUGAAAAGAACAAGACAUUUUCUGCGUGUAAACGUCAAGUAAGCUUUCUCCUUAAAUGGCUAAAAUAUAAGUGGAUCUUCUCAUUCACGACUGAGGAAACCGACUGAGAGUGGCUGUUUCUAAUAACUCACUUUGUCGUUUAAGUUCUCAUCAAGAGUCAUUGAAAUGAUAUCAUGAGUAUAUGAUAAGGAUUGCGAAGUCAUCGAUCAUUCAUAACGUUUACAUUGCCAAAGUGAGAUCUAUCGUGGGUUAUUACGGAUAUGAAAUCCGUAAUUGAACAGAUAAAGAUUAAAAAAAGAGAAAUAUUUUAUUCAGCAGAGAGUAAUAAAGUCUGCUUUGUUCAGCGCCGUUUUUCAAGUAUACAAAGUAAUUUCCAAAAAUUGCCCGAGUACAGGACACAGUCCUAUUUCAUUUUUAAUAAAAUAAAUUUGUCAUAUUAUAUAUGAUUCACUUGCCAUAAUAUUUGUACAUACGUAAUAUUCUAAUAUCUUUCUGUGAAACGCUGUAGGAUAUAAGUAGCAGACCUAUUUAUAUGUCGUACCAUUGGUAGCGACUUAUUUCGACAUGAAUUUUUCAUAUAUAUCAAUUGAAAAAGCAAUGUAAAUUCUAUUAUACCUCAUAAAUAACGUCUAGCUGUCUUAUUGUGAUCGUGUGAUAAUCAUACAUAGUAUUUUUAGGGGCAAAACUAUCAAAUGAUACUUGAUUAGGCGUGUGAUAAUAAAUGUAUAUCUCUUGAACGUGUUUUCGUUGCUUGAUCGAUCUACGGGUAGGUUUUGUACCUAACAAUAUGCAAAACAAUUAACGUCUAAUUUUUAUAGCAAUACAACUACGUGAAGUAGUUUCGAAUAAUUGUCUUUAGAUAUAGAUGACAAGUGCAAAAAUGAUAUCACAGCUUGUGGCAAGUUUUUUUAAAUUUCAUUCCGUGUAGACGCUAUAGAUAUACUAUUAUCGCUUCUAUACAAGAUUUUAUAUAAAAUCCAGUGAAUAUUGUAACGUUUGUUUUUGGUGCUUUCACUCCUAUUCUCGUGAUAUUUUAACCAGUCAGCAAUGAUAGCGUAAGAAAUGAAAUUAGAAUCUCAUGGGUGAAGAUUGACAGUCAUCAAGAGAUAAAUUCACAGCAAGGAAUUGAAAUGCACUGAUACCUUUUGAACUAUGAUAAAACAUGUAAGUUAGGUUUAUAAAUAACAAACUUUGUGACUUUUGGCAUAUCAAAUUGUUAAGCUCGACGGCGGCGGCAGGCUAUUUUAUAAUAAAAGUCCAAUAAGCAUUUACAUUGUGCGAAGAAACAACAAAACCAAAUGCUAACGAAAAACACCACAGAAUAUAUUCUAAACUUUAACGUGAGGGUAUAAUAGAAUUUUUAUGUGUCGCAGCCUUUGUGUGUCUUUAUUAUAAUAAUAUUGUAAGCAUAGUACCAAUCAGCAGUACCUAAUUCUUUAAUUAUUUUCGAUUGUUCUCAUUAGCUUUUUACAUUUUUCUCAGUGAUCUCGCGUUUCGGUUUAUGCUUUAUACCGAUUAAUCGGCUUAUUCGGAACAUUUACGAGUUUUAUCCAUGCCUCAUUUAUUUUUUGUUUCUUUUCUACUUUUCAGUUUCUUUAAAACAGUAUUGCUGUGACAUAAUUGCACUUUAUAAAUUUUUGUGUAAGAUCAAGCUCAUGGAUGAAAUUUCACACGUUCAUGCUUCUGAAUGGAGUCAUCAGUUGAGGUACAAGCAGAAUGGGUUUUUUAAUUGUGUGAGUACUAGGGUACAUCCCUUUUGAAUGCAAGAAAUUAUUUUGUAUGGUUGACAUGGUAUAGUGACCUGCUUAAUAAGAAUUGUAAAGUAUCCAAAUAGGAGGGACCGAGUGUGUGUUUCGUAGUUAUUAGACACAAUCGAACUCAAAUUUAAGCUCGAUAAUUUAUUUAUUUAUUGUAUUUCUUUGGAAAAAGAUAGUCCUUGAAAGAUUCAACAUUCAUUACCUUUAUAGUAUUAUAAUGAUAUCCGGAUACUAUUAUAUAAGGUAGAUAAUCAUUUUAAACUGUAACAUAGGUGAACAAAUAAAUACUUGACUAAACA